CAAUACUAAGCUAGGUGCAAAUGCAAGCUACAACGGCGAGCACUUCAACAUUUGUAGCUAUUUUUCCCGUCGUGCUCGCCAUAGUGUCCUCUCACCUCCUUGUUGCCCAUGCUAACACUAAUGUCAUCUCCCGCACAUGUAACAAGACCAAAAACCCUGCAUUGUGCAUAUCGGUGCUUACUGCCAAGCCACAAAGCUCCCAUGCCUCCACCGAGCAUGACCUCGCCAGCAUCGCGUUGAAGAUCGCCACUAACACUGCGAAACACAAUGUCAAGGUCAUCGGUAACCUAUCCAAGAACAACCAGAGCACACCUGAGGGGUUUGCACUUGCCAUCUGCCUCAAGGCGUACACUGAAGCCACUAGUGCCCUUGAGAUUUAUGCCGGCUCUAGCUUCAAAAUUGGGUCAUAUACUGAUGUGUUGCAGGUUGUUUCGUUUGCAAUGGACGUCAGUUAUACAUGUAAGGCAGCGUUCACAAAGAUAGAGAAGAAGUCCCCAGUGUCCUACAUUGAUCGCGAGAUGAAAGAGCACUGUACUGUCGCUAGCAACCUCAUCAACCUACUUGUUCACAAGUGACGACAUGUUAUUCGUGCCGCAUAUAUGCCUAUUGCUUUCAAUAAUCAAUUGAUAAUGUAUUUGAAAAUA